CAACAAAGUCGAUUAAAAUGUCUCUGAUCGAAACGUUCUACAAUCAAGAGCAAAAAAUUUGGAGCGGACCUGACAAUGUCUUAUUCGCCGAUCCACAAAUAUCUGUGGGCCAGGUCAUAUACGAAGUGCUGAAGGAGAAGCCAAGCAAUACAUUUCAGAUACUCCACGAUGAUGGCCAAACAGUUUCCAAUGCGGAGACUUUGGCAGCGGCUGUGGGCAUUGCGCAGUAUUUAAAAUCUGAAGGACUAACGCAUCGCGAUGUAGUUGGACUUAUAGCUAGAAAUAGUGCACAUCUGGCUGAUGUACUGUUCGCAUGCCUAUUCAAUGCCACGCCCUUUCAUGCCGUGAAUCCCAUGGUCGAAAGAGAAGCCAUAGCGGCACUCUACGCGAUAACCAAGCCAAAGAUUAUAUUCUGUGACGGCAGAGAUUACGAACUGUUGAAAGGGCUUACCAAAGACUGGACUCCAAAGUUUAUAACGCUCAGCGAUCCCACAGAGAAUGUGACUGGCAUAGAAGAGCUAUUGGCGAACGCAAUUAAGGAAAAUAAUUAUGAACCCACAAAGCUGGUGCAUGGGGCCGAUCAAACCAUGGCUAUUGUGUGUUCCUCGGGCACUUCCGGCCUGCCCAAAGCUGUGACCAUAACCAACUCUCAACUACUGCUAAUAUCGCCUGUUAGUGGCCUCAAUGACGUUGUAUAUACCACGGCGAGCUAUGAUUGGCUAUCUGCUAUAAAGUGCCUGCUGAGCAGUACAGUGAAUGAGGCAAGUCGUGUGAUCUGUAGCCAGCCCUUCAGCGUGGAGUCUCUUGUGGCGAUUAUACGGAAAUGGCAGGUGACCUACCUGUACGUCUCCCACUGGCAGUUCAAUGCGCUCUUCAACAGUCCCCUUGCCACGGCAGAGAGUCUGUCGAGUCUGCAGUUCGUGCAGUACAGCGGGGGCUGGGUAUCAGCUGGGGUGGUGCAGGCAGCGCAGCGAAUCAUCGAAUCCACAAUUUUUGUUUACGUGUACGGCACAACGGAAACGGACGGCAUAUCGAUUUGCCUGAAUCCGGAAGCGGAAAACUUGGUAGGGGCUCUGCUGCCGGGCGUUCAUGUACAGAUCGUCAACGACGCGGGCCGCCAGCUGGAACAUAAUGAAGUUGGCGAGAUCCUGAUCAAGACGAACCAGAAAUGGAAUGGGUAUUAUGGCAAUCCGGUGCAAACAGCUCAAACCCUCGAUUCUGAGGGCUGGUUUCACAUGGGCGACAUUGGAUACUUUGACAAGGACAACAGACUGUAUCUGGUGGAUCGCAAGAAGGAUUUGCUGAAGUACCAAUCGAUGCAUUACACGCCCAACGAGAUCGAAAAGGUCAUCGUCGAGCUGCCAGAAGUGCAGGAAGUCUGUGUGGUUGGCAUUAAGGAUCCUUUAUAUGGCGAUGCGGCUGGAGCUCUAAUUGUGCGAAAACCGAACAGUGUACUCUCUGAGAAACAGGUCAUAGGUCAUGUUGCAAAGCGCAUUUCAGUGCAGUAUAAACAGCUGCAUGCAGGUGUUCGCUUCGUGGAUAAAAUUCCUGUUAAUAUAAAUGGAAAAGUGCUAAGAAAUGCAGCUCGAGAAAUGUUUCACAACUCGGCAAUAACAAAAGCCAAGCUUUAA